AUGGUCAUCUCCAGAUAUGGCCGGCAUGAAAUAGUUGAAGCGUUGCUGUCUGGUCGGAAUAUUCGUUCCAUAAACCUGAAAAACAGUCAAGGAAAGACAGCUCUACACUUCGCAUGCGUGGAAGGACAUGACCGAGUUGUUGAACUUUUGCUUAAUCUUGGUGCAACUGUGGAAAAAGAUCACAACGACAGGACAGCACUACAUAUCGCUGCCAUAAGGGGAUCCAAGCAAUGUGGACAGUACAUUCUACAGCGCCACCCUAAAUGUAUUAACCUCUUUGAUAAAAAUCAGAACACCGCUUUACACUUGGCCGCCAUUCAUGAUUCCCCAGAAGUUGUCUCGUGCUUGCUGUCUUACCCGGAACAAGAGAUCCUUCUGAACAAAAAGAAUCAUAAUGUUCUGGACGCCGCAUUGAACGCUGACAGGAAAAAUGUGUCACUUGCUAUAGCGAGUCACGACAGAUGGCGCGAAGUGCUAACGUCAUCAGCUCCAGGAGACAUCGUAACGAUGCAACAUCUUGUGAUAAAAAAGCCAGAAAUUGCUAUACGGUUUAUGGAUCAGUGUAUUGCAAAGGAAGGAAACCCCGACAGUGAAGAUUUCAAAGUAACAUAUGAUUUCACGAUGAUUCAAGGAGCAGAGCCUGGGCAAGAUCCUUUGGCAGUACUGAAGGCAGACGUUUGGAUGGAAAUCUUUGGUUAUCAACAUGCUUCUGUAUCUUCUGUUCGUUCUUCCGCUGACCGCUCUUGCUCUUUCCACGCCAAGCUUGAAUGUGGCUUGAAUGAAACCAUGCCAAGAAAGGUAACAUAUGAUUUCACGAUGAUUCAAGGAGCAGAGCCUGGGCAAGAUCCUUUGGCAGUACUGAAGACCAUGUUAAAGCAUCGUCGCAUCAACUGUUUGAGCCACCCUGUUUGCUAUAACGUUAUGAGUAUAAAAUGGCAGACGUUUGGAUGGAAAUCUUUGGUUAUCAACAUACUUCUGUAUCUUCUGUUCGUUCUUCCGCUGACCGCUCUUGCUCUUUCCACGCGGGCUAAUGAGAAGCAUCUUUGUGGCUUGAAUGAAACCAUGCCAAGAAAGGGAAGUCAAGGAAUUACUGCAUUCCACGUGGCGUGCGCUCAAGGAUCUCUGGAGAUUGUUCAGCUCUUUGUUUCUAAAGAUCCCUCCAUUUGUCAAAUAACAUUGAUUGACAGCCAAGGCUUAACUCCCCUGCACAUGGCUGCGCUCAACAAUCACUCAGUCGUUGUACAGUUUCUUUUAAAACAGGGUGCUUCAGUAGACCCUCGUGACAAACUCCGCCGCACCCCUCUCUUCUUAGCAGCCGCCGAGGGCGCAACAGAGUCUGUUAAAGCAUUAAUUGACGGUGGUGCUGACGUCACGAUCAAAGACGUGGACAUGCAAUCUUGUGUAAGAGUGGCCGUGGAACAUACAGAUACAAUGGAGGUAUUACUGCAGGUACGAAAUACAUCGCUGAUUUUAUUUAGCCGCUGCAGUUUAUGAGGUUCCAAUGGCUUCGACAAUGUAGACCCUGUUAAAAUAUUUUGACACCACUGGGAUAUCUGAAAAUGCCGCACUCUACUCGACUGAGUCGUGCCCAGUCGCCUCGUGGAGUACUUUGCGAAGCCCUGGGUAUGAUAAAAGAGAGCCUCCUCAACCAUCACAAUAUAUGGCUCUCUUUUCUAGUGAGAGAAGACUAGGAACCAGUCAAAUACUGGUCCCAAGAGCCUCUCGAAGCUAAUUUUCCUAUAUGGACGAUUUUAAGUAAAUAUUCGAUGAAGUAUUAUGUAAAGUUACCAAGCAUUUAUUUCUACUUAGAAACGCGCCGCUUUCCGAUUGAUAACUGAAAAGGAUAUCACAGGAUUUGCCCCAGUUCACUACGCUGC